GUGACAUGGGCUCCAAGCUCACCAGGCAGAGGAGCCUCGAUCUGGAGAGCAGAUGGUCCAAGAGGAGACGACAGAGGAAUGACGCGCCGGGAGAGGGGGACCGGAGUGGCGGGGGGGACUUCUUGUUCACCUCGCUGAUGCUCAGGUCCGACAAGCUGCCGGGCAUGAUGCGCAGGAGCAGCCGCAGCCCGUACGUGCGGCGCGUGGCGUGGAUCCGGGAGAUCCAGAGGCUGCUCCGGGAGCAGAGGAUGGAGCAGGCGACCGAAGUGCUCCGGCUGCUGCGGAAGGACCUUGGCCUCCAGGGGACGUCGCUCAACGACAUCUUGUAUAAGAACGCAGCCUUUCUCAACCUGGUGGACCCCAUAUCCCACGAGCUGCUGCUCAGUCUGGCUCGGGACCUGCAGUGUCCAAAGAGGGAGAAAGAAUCCCUCAAGUCGACCAACAAGAUCUGCCGCCAGCUGCUGUACCACCUGACCCCUCACUCCAAGUGGACGAGACAGAGCGUGCCCAGGAGGAAGUCUCAGGCGUGUCUGAAGACGACGCUGAAGAAGAAAGUGUCGGGCGACGUGGUCAACCUGUCCGGCAUCCCGCUGUCCGGCCGGGACGUCCACCGCGUGGCCUUCUACCUGCAGAGCGGCAGCGACGCGGUGACGGCCGUGGACCUCAGCUUCACCGAGCUCCAGGACGAGAGCUUACGGCUGCUGCUGCCUCACCUCGGCGGCCUGCCCAAACUCACCAUACUAGCCGUCAAUGGCAACCGUCUGACGGUGGCCAUCCUGAAGGAGCUGACGGACACGGUCAAAGAUCCAAAGAAGUUCCCGUGCCUGGCCUGGAUCGACCUGGGCAACAAUGUGGAUAUCUUCACCGUGCCGCAGCCGCUGCUCGUGGCCCUGCGGCGGCGCUUCGGCCUGCGCAGCAGCCUCCCCACCAUUUACGAGUACAAUGAGGCGCAGGCACUCGGUCGCUACAACCCCAACAUGGAGACCUCAGUGGAGGAGCCCAGCCUGUGCGAGGAGGGCGAGGUGGAGGAGGACGACAGGGAGGAGGAGGUGGACAGGCUGGAGCUACGGGCCUGGGACUUUGGUGCAGAAAACGUGUCAAAAACUGUCCCGCUGCACUUCUGUGGGAGGUGAUCACACAGAGCUGCUUCCUUUCAGACUGACUGGUUUCCCUCUGUGUGGCCUCAUGUGUGGGCUGGUGCCAACGUGGCACAAGAUGAACCCAGUUUCUGAUAAUAACUUGCUGUGUUUCCCUCCGGAUGCUCUGACGUCCAGCGAUGUGACGCAGACAGUUUGUACCAACACAUCGAUUCCACCUCCAUUUGUCCAGGAGGAGUCGGACUCAACUGAACAGAGUUGCUGUUUUUCGUCUAUUGUUUUUGCAGAAGCUUCCCAUUAUCUGUCACUGUCCACUGAAGCAGCUGGGGGUUAAGUGCCUUGCGCAAGGGCAAAAUGGCAGUGAGUAUUACUAAUUCACAUUUCUCUACCCGGUCCUGCUUCUCCAACCACUUUGCUCCGGCUGCCCCUUUUCUGUGAAAAGUCCGAAUAAAUCAAAGCAACUAAAAAUCCCUCACUUAAGAAAAUCAAUCAGUUCAUGUUCUGCUCAUGUUUUUUUGCUUUGACAAACAGUCUCUGAACAUGAACCUCAAUCAGUGAGAUAAUGUUCACAUAGAAAUAUCCAUGUUUUCAUGUUGGAACAAAGCAUUUACUAAAGAACUAUUUUAAAAUAUAAACAGCAACUGAUGUUAAAUAAAUGAAGCGUCCUGAACACAUCUUCAUUUAAAUCCUGAGCACCACUGCUUCAGAACACGUGGAUCCUUUGAUGUCUUGGCCUGACACAUGCAGACGACACAGACAGUGUUCGGUCGCGAGCUGCUGAUGAACCGAUCUCCGCCUCCAUCAGGUCUAAUGAGACCUGAUGGAGGCGGAGAUGGCGAGCCACAGAUCUAUGUUCAUGAAUGAUUCUAUUUAUACAGCGAACUCAUAAGCAUCGAGAAAGGCUCUGUUUCCAACGGCACACACAGAGUUAAAUGAAGGUGUUACAAACAGCUGUUUUUUUUGUUCUCCUGUGCGGGGCUGCAGUCUGCACAUGAAUCCUUGUUGUAGCAUGAAUAAAUUGCAAUGCUUUUGCUUUUUACUAGUGUCUUUUUUUAGAUGUGUAGGUGUUAUGUUUUCGAAAACGUGGACAUAUCAGACCCCACAGACAGAGUGUUGAGUCCAAAAGAUCUGUUCCCUAUUUAAUCGAAUAGGAAAGACCUCAGUAUAAACUAUAGACUGUGGAGAAGAUGGAUGAAUCUCCUCGCAAACGCCACCAUCUCGAGUGUAGGGAGCCAGAGUCUGAGCAUGUACAGCCAAUCGGGGGAUUGGAGCCGCGGCAGCGAGGUCUUGUUGAUACACACACUUGACCAAUCGCAAAUCAGGUUCAGCAGUCAUCAUUUUGUUUCACCCUGUUUUUACAGAAUCAAAUGAGUAAUUAAUACCAAACUUACUUGAAAAAUUGACGUGAUAAGAACAACCUCAAUUGAGAGAAACCAUCUUCAAAACGAAUUAUCUGUCAUGUAGCCACCAGGGGGCGAUCGAGACGCUUUGGCUUCACCUUUGGGGACCUGCCAUGUCGUCCAUCUUUAAAUUUAGUCAAAGGUUUAAAAUUGCAGAAUGUGAAAGCCACUCUGCCAGAGCCCACGUCGUUUCCUGCCUACAGAUGUUAUCUCUCCAUGCUAAUAUUCAGGAAAAUCUGUUUGUGUUUACAAGGAUGUUAAUGAGCAGGAUGCUUGGUGUGUGUGUGUGUGUGUGUGUGUGUGUGUGUGUGUGUGUGUGUGUGUGUGUGUGUGUGUGUGUGUGUGUGUGUGCGUGUGUGUGUGUGUGUGUGUGUGUGUCCUUGAGAGUAUAAUUAGUGUGGGCUUCUGUGUGCAUGAGUGAGUUCUGGACAUGGAGAGUAAAUUACUACCUUUGAUCAUAGAAAUGAAAUGUUUACUCAUUUGCACUUUAAGGACGACUCUGCACGAGCUUUGUUUUUUAGGGGGAUGUUGUUGUUGACAUGAAAACACACUGAUUGGCUCACUUCCCAUCACUGUUAGAUGAAUCCUCAGCAUUCACAAAUCACUGCCAUGAUAAAGAAAAAAACACACUGGUACACGUAGUUGAUUUUGUCCUCAUGAGAUCGUGGCUUGCUUUUCAAGAAACAAU